ACAUGUGCUUUGUUUUGACGCAAGAAAUUGAUUGUUUGGGGGGUAUUUUAGCAUGAGUCAAGUGUUAUUGACUGCUAAAGAUGCCCAGGAUAACAUAAACAACAACAACGUAGCGGAUUUAUCACCGCUGAGUCGUGCGGAGUUCGAUCUGAAGAGCGGAUCUUGCCGUGAACAUGGGGAUUCCAAGACUGGGGAAAUCCCGCUCCGUAACGCGGGCAGCAAUCUGGUUAAAGCCAUGGGAGUGACGAAUUUUGACAGCUCCAAGUCCAUGCUAUGGCGAAGUGUGGCUCCAGUAUCGCAGCCCACCACCCCCAGUAGCCAGAAUGACAACAACAGCAGGGGACGGGUGGCCAAAAUUGAGGAAGGACUGGACAAUUCUGUUGGACCUGAGGCCAAAGUUCGGAUCAACAAAAUCCUUGGUGAUGUGAACAGGCUGUCUGAUGUGGAAAAACUACUGCUCUAUCUCAAACUACCGACAGGAUCAGGUUCCAGUGAAGAUGCCCUCAAACAGCUGUCCAACUCAUCCCUCCACACCUCUAACCGUGUCCAGCAGGGACAAGCUUUUACCUGGAUUAAGAGCCACCUGGAAGAAGACCAGGAGAAAUGUCUAGCAAAGCAGGAAGUGUUUGAAGACUACAGGUUGUACUGUGAGAACCAUGGCCUGAAAUGCCUGAGCACUGCAGACUUUGGCAAAGUCAUGAAGUGUGUUUUCCCCAACAUCAAACCACGCCGACUCGGGCAGAGAGGCCAGUCCAAAUACUGCUACAGCGGCCUGAGGAAGAGGCAGGAAGUCCACCCCCCUGGCCUGCCCGAGCUAGAGAUCAGCUCCACCCAGACAGAGGAGGAGAGAGUUCCUACAGAUGAGCUCUUCACAGCGUCAUGUCACCUGAUCUGUGAAUGGGCACAGAAGUUGCUGGGGAAAAGUUUCUCUGAUCUGCGUGAGUUGGCGGAGUAUCUGCUGGGGAACCUGUAUGUCAACAGCAAGUCCAUGUCAGCCUUCACAGUGAUUGCAGCGAUGCGGGAGUCUGGAGGACAUACGGCUAAAGGGAACAUGUCCCAGCUGUUUUCCAACCCUGCUGGAGGUAACAAACACCGAGAGACUCAACUCCAGCUCCAGCGCAAACUUCAGGAGCGCGAGCUGCUAAAGGAACAGAAGAAAAAGUUGCAGCAACAAAAGACAGAGAUUGAACGGGAGCAGGCGCAGAGUCGAGCAGGAAGUUCCUCUGAGAGAGAGCUGGGGACGCCAUCACUGAUUCAUGGGAGGAGUUCUGAGCGUGAUCUGGAAACACCUUCUGUGUCUCUGGGAAGGUCAUCCACAACACCAUGUGACGAUAUAGCUUCUCCAGCGAGGUCUUCAUUGUCGUGCUCUCCGAGCCGGACACCAACAAGAGGUGACUCUGUGGAAUGUCGUAGGACAGCUUCAGAGACAGAGUUUGUUAGCCCUGUAGCCAUACGCGACACAUACCGGCGCAGGAACAGUCAGGGAUCUUCUGACAAGGAGCGACGAAAACGGGAAAAAAUGACCCCUCAGUUAUCCUCGCCUUUGUUUGAGGCCGCUCGGAACCUGUUAGAGGGCCCCAAAAAUUUGGACAGGCAGCUGUUUUUUAGUGAAUCCGAGUAUGUCGGAAAAGCUGUUGAGAAGGACAUUCUAGUGAACAAACCCCGAUGGGACAGAACAAAGGAUGAUGGGAAACAUUUCCUUGAAGACUCCAGUAAAAGGGCAUCAUUUUCUGGGCAAGAGCAUAUGGACACCUGUAGUUCUGCAGCAACAGUUGCCUCAUCCAGUUCUUACUCAAAGCAUCUACUUAACAUUGCUCCUGCCAAGUGUAAUGCCGUUUUUGAGGCCAAUUUGUCUCCAGAUAGCAACAGUGAUCAUAAUCCGGACAAAAGACUUUCCCAGGCAUCCCUCGCCGUUCCGAUCGCACCAAGCAGAAGUGCAUUCGUUCCUUUUCCCCAGCGAAUUCUUGGAACACAUUCACAACCACCAUCUUCAUCUACUGCUCUGCCUUUGUCUCAAAGCAUUAUUAGUCCCAUUUCAUCUGCUGCCAGCGUAUUACCAACCCAUUUACAGAAGUCUCGUGGUCUGGCCCGCCUCCUUAUGUCAAAACCAAAGAAAGAUGUAGGCAUUGUGGAGAAGCACAGCGAUGGCGAUGUAGUGGACGUCAUCAACAGCUGCAAAACUCCUGGGAGUUCUAGCAACACAUCGAAUCAGAACUUGUCCAUUUCAAUCCAAUCCCCAGAUAUACAGGUACAACCUAGUCAGUCUGGUUUAGGUGCCACCCAGCCGGCUGCAGUGUCUCAUCAAGAUGUGCUGGGGUCAAUUCAGCCAAUGGUACGAUCUAGUCCUGUUGCACCGAUAUCAAUCCAACAUGUGCUGAAGCCAUACCAGGACAAUGUUUCAUCACAUCACGAUACACCCAUCCCCAUUCAGCCUGCCAUUCCAUCUAGUCCCAUCACAAUUGAGGUUAACAACAACCAUAGACAGGAUCAACCUCAGACUCCUUCUUCAUCACCAGGUGUUGAAAACAGUACUGGUGCCGUUUCUCCAUUGACACCACGACGAACCAAAACCCGAUUCACACCAAUACGACCUAAGGCCCCAGCCCCAAGGACAGUGUCAUCCAUGUUACGAGAGCAUCGGGGCCCCCCUGUGUCCGUGGAAGGUGUUGGCUUUGGUAGCAAACCUGUAUCUGAAAUCCUGAAAGAAAAGCGUGAACGAGAAACACUUUUGUUACCACUGUCACCGGCAGCUGGAUCUCUCACCCCAUGCUUGUCUGGGGUGCAGCUUUCUCCAAACCUCGCUAUUUCUGCUCAGGUGCCAGUAGUUCAGCCAGUCUUGGCAAGAACUACAGAUGUUCAGGGGCCACAACCCUUGUCUGCUAGAAGUAAAACACGUGAAGUGUUUAUUAUCAUGGGUGCAUCUCCCUCUGCCAGUGCAUCCCAUACCAAUUCUCCAGUGUCUGCUAAAACCAGGCGCAGUAAUACCAUCAGCAUUCCUAUUAUACAGAAAGAUAUUGGUGUUCGGCUUAACCCUAGUCAUACGAGUGCUACCUCAGUGCCACAUGAUACGCAGCAUUCCCACAGCAUAUCUGACAGUCACCUAAGUGAAGAGCAGCAUCGCAGUCAGUCCAUCCAUGAGGUAAGAGAAUCCCACAACACUGGCGGUGUGCGGAAAGUUUGCAGUAUGGAAACAGAGGACUCUGCCAGUGUUGCUGAAAUUUUGACUUCUAAGAGAAAGAGAAAAUCUCCUGGGUCAGCAAAAGAUCUGUUUAAUGUUCAAGGAGCAGAAGUCCAUAAUGGAAUGAAGCCAUUGCAAACAGAUGUUGUUGCUACAUCUGUAGACUCAUCUGACUCACAGAGUGACUGUGCUGAUGAAAACAACCCCAAGAGGAGCAAGUCCUGCUUGCCAAGUUUAGAGAACUGUGACAGUGCUGUGAGCAGCUCCAGCGAAGAGAGGUUUUGCCCUGAUAUCACCAGCCUGGAGAGUGACGCCUUGGUUGAUAUGCCCCUGUCGGCAGCAGAGCUAGCAACAUCACUUGGGUCAGACACCUUAUCAUUUGAAAACCUGAAUAACCAGGCUACGAUGAAGACUGCGUCUGUGGGUGUGACAUCACAUUCAAUGAAACUGUCACACAAGCUUAUGAGACAAAGUCUACAACUGGACAAGAGAAUUGACACUUUUUUGAAACAGAGGUCUUCAAAGCCUCAAAAUAUUAACCAUCAGGUUGCAAGUGAGACAAAAUCAACUGGGUGCCCGGUAACCGACAAAGAUGUGAUGAGCUCUCAUUAUUACAGCAACGGCAACAAACAUAGGAGUUCUAACCGAACUGCUUCGGACACGAAGCUGAGUGUGAAACCAUGUGCUAACCACGAGAAAACACGAUCCACUGUACACAGAGGAGUUGUUCAGACGUCAAACAGCUUUGUUGUGAAGAAACCUCUUGCAAGCAAAGGAAGCAGUCGUGAUCACUUCCUACUUAAGCUUUUGACUGGAGAUUCAAAAAGUACGCCACAGCCUACAUUAUCAGCCAGAGAUCUUUCUGUGUCCCACACAGUACCAGUUCAGCAAAAACCACAGGCAAAGUUGGGGACACUGCUGGAACCAAAAUCUCUUACCCAGAAUAACACAGAUUUCUUGCAAUUGGAUGACUUAGCCAGUGUUUUCAGCAAGGCAGAUUCUCAGGACAUGGAUGUCAGUGUAGAUUCUGAAUUACCAACAGAUGUAGCAGACUUCAUCACAGAGGCCAUGGAGAAGCGGUUGUCUGCUGGUUACAUCCCCAGCCAGAAAAGUAGCUUUGUGAACCUACAGAUGGAGGAGUUCCAUCAACAGGGAGAAGGCUUACAGAAUUUAGGUGAAGCUUUUCCAACUAGCUUUCAGCGUUCCAGGGACAUGUCAGCAGAGAUUCUGUCCAGCCAGGUGCCUGCAUCACACCAACAUUCUUGUCAAGAUGGGCUGUUCACUGUGCCCUCGAUUCCCCCUUCUGGAAGGGACCUGCGUCAGAGGAAAAACACCCCAGUUCAAAGGAGCAUCUCAGUGCCUAUGGUGCCCAUGACUUCUGCAGGACAUAGUAUGACAAUGAGUAGCUCCGUUGGCAUCUCAGCAGAAAACCAUGACAAGAUGGUAGAACCAGUAGAGAGUCUUGUGAGUGCAAGCAUGUCCCAUACCGUUCUCCACAGAAUGAAUUCAGCCGAGAGAGCUGGCACACAAACACCCAUCUCUGAUGCAGGAUAUCAUAGCUUUGAUUCCAGUCCUGUCCCAAGUACUACACCCUUGCCCAUCUGCCUUGCUCAACCACAAAGUUCAGAACUUAACACUCGUGGUGUUGGCCUUGAGUCUAAUAACCAAAUCAGUGGCUCUUCACAACCCCAAAGCCCGGUGGAGUUGCCAUCACCUAAAACUCAUCGUCACAGCUCUCGUUCCACACCUUUGUCACAGGCUUCUCCUCAUAUUAUAUCCCUGAGUAGUGCAGAGACAAGCCCAGUGGGGGAGACAUCCUCCACGCACAAUGCUUUCAUGCCCAUCGGUGGGUCAGGAAGCAUGGUGACAGAGGUUGAAUCAUGCUUAGUGAAUCCUGUAAAACCCACAGUGACAUUAGCUGCUAAUGGGGUCUUCUCGUCACACAUAUACUCUCCCAAAACUCCGGACACAAGCACCUCCUCCGUCCACAGCCAUCCAAGUUUGCCAGUGAAGAACACUGAGGGUGUGUCGCGCAAAAGUAGCCAGACUUCACCACUGUGUAGCCCGCCCUCCUAUCAAGAUGCCAUUCAGAGCUUGCAGUGUCAAACGCCGACAUCGUUAACACAGGAAGAUUCCAAGCUUAGCCAUGGUGCUGCCACUGAUGUCCCCAGGGAUGUAACCCAGGAGCUUGUGGAACUAAAAGCAGAUGACGCAGCUACAGGUGCUGAUCAGCUUCUAGUCUUCAAGCCAGACAUUUCUCCAGCAGUUUUCCCAUUUUCAUAUCAACUCUCUCUGCUCAGAAGCAAAAGUUCUGAGCUUGAUAACGCUCCAGAUGAAGAUGGCAAUGAGAUGAAGCUGGCGGAGUCUAACCUCAGCUCACCCAUGUCUGGAAGCACGUGUUCAGAGUAUUCUGCUCUAGGCUUGCCAGGCUCUGCUGAGACGGAACAAGUUGAGUUCCAGAAUGUGGCCACCCUUAUCAAGCAUUAUCAUGCAAAUUCGCUGCAGCAGGUGCAGACUCGAAAGCCCUCCGUGCUUUUGCCAGAGGACAUUUUAGUGCAGCUGCAAGAACACAGCCAGAAAGCAGCCAACAGCACAUCAGGGUCUACAGGCAGGAGUGCGAAGAGCAAGCAGCAUUUUGAUCUACCUGAUGCCAGGUACAUGGGAAGCACACCCAAUGUGGAUGUGAGGAAUUUGCUCUCUGACCGCCAGGUGAUUGGGCGUUGGAAACCCAAACCAAAGACUGUGGAAGACUGCCCGCAGGUGAACCCUGGAAACACAGCAGUGAACAUUCGCUCCUUAUUAGAAGUGAAGCUUGUGUGUAGUGGAAACAGUCAACAGAAGGGAUCAGUGGAGGAGGAUGGGGUGCUCUUAGCUCGCCGUAACCUCUCCCAGAUCUUGGGAGGGACUGCACUGAGUGAGGAUGAUCUGCAGACAACUUUAGAGGAUCUGAAAAGUUUAGAUACCCAGUAUUUUAACAACAUUCCAGUUCACUCUGGCUCCUCGGAGCAGGCCAUCCCUGAGGACAUUCGUGAUCUGAGGCCACUGGACCUGAAUAAUACAGACAUUGGUUUGGUAGAAAACCAGGAAGACUAAGCAUUGUCAGGUGGUGUAUAGACAUUGCCAGAUUUAGUAUAGACAUUGUCAGAUUGUGUGUAGACAUUUCCAGAUGGUUUAUAUACAUUGUCAGAUGGUGUAUAGACAUUGCAAGAUGGUGUAUAGACAUUGUCAGGAUGUGUGUAGACAUUUCCCGAUAGUGUAUAUACACUGUUUGAUGAUGGUGUUUAGAUAUUGUCUGAUGGUGUAUAGACAUUGGUAGACGGUGUGUAGACAUUACCGGAUAGGGUAUAGACAUUUUCUGAUGGUGUUUAAACCUUGCCAGAUGGUGUAUACAGAUGGUGCAAAGACAUUCUCAUAUGGAGUAUACCUGUAGACAUUGUCAGACUGUGUGUAGACAUUGUCAGACUGUGUGUAGACAUUGACAUGACAUAUAGACAUCGAAAGAUGGUAAACAUAAGAAUCAGUAUUACUAAUAAUAACUGUAGGAAAGUUUUAUAGGGGAUUUUAAUUUAUGAUUUUGCUCAAUAUAUUAUUAGUAAUAAGCCCUUAAUUUGGCAGCAUUUCAAUGUGUGUGUGAGCCUUUUAGUUCAUCUUUGAAAACUCUCAGGUUGAACUUCAUAAAUCCCCUACCCCAUUAUGUCUGUGAAGUGUUUGUAGAGGCAGUAAUAAUCUACAUUUGAAUGGUCUGAUGUAAACCUUAUGUAAACAAGUCCCAGCUUGUUGUGCGAUGACUACGGCUCACAACUAGGCUGUUCAGGGUCACAAUGACUACAGCUCACAGCCAGACUGUACAGGGUCACAAUGACUACAGCUCACAGCCAGACUGUACAGGGUCACAAUGACUACAGCUCACAGCCAGACUGUACAGGGUCACAAUGACUACAGCUCACAGCCAGAUUGUUCUGUAGUUUGUCAUAGGGCUGGCUGAAACAGGUACACCUAGAGGUCUGUAGUUUGUCAUAGGGCUGGCUGAAACAGGUACACCUAGAGGUCUGUAGUUUGUCACAAGGCUGGCUGAAACAGGUACACUUAGAGGUCCGUAGUUUGUCAUAGGGCAGGCUGAAACAGGGACACCUAGAGGUCUGUAGUUUGUCAUAGGGCUGGCUGAAACAGGGACACCUAGAGGUGUGUAGUUUGUCACAAGGCUGGCUGAAACAGGUACACCUAGAGGUCUGCACUUUGUCAUAGGGCUGGCUGAAACAUGUACACCUAGAGGUCUGUAGUUUGUCAUAGGGCUGGCUGAAACAGGGACACCUAGAGGUGUGUAGUUUGUCAUAGGGCUGGCUAAAACAAGUACACCUAGAGGUCUGUUGUUUGUCAUAGAGCUGGCUGUAACAAGAACACCUAGAGGUCUGUCGUUUGUCAUAGGGCUGGCUAAAACAGGUACACCUAGAGGUCUGUGGUUUCUCAUAGAGCUGGCUAAAACAAGUACAUUUAGAGGUCUGUGGUUUGUCAUAGAUCUGGCUAAAACAAGUACACCUAGAGGUCUGUGGUUUGUCAUAGGGCUGGCUAAAACAAAGUACACCUAGAGGUCUGUGGUUUGUCAUAGAGCUGGCUGUAACAAGUACACCUAGAGGUCUGUGGUUUGUCAAAGAGCUGGCUAAAGCAGGCACAACAGAGCUGUAUUUACUGUGCCUGGGUUUGUAUACAAACUGAAUGUUCACUUGGAUGAACAUUAUCAUCUUUCAUCUGCUUAUGGAGCAUGAUAAAAAGGCCUCAUAUGAGACGAAAGCUUCUGUGUGACUGGCCUCACAAGAGACUCAAGCUUCUGGCCUCACAUGAGACUCAAGCUUCUGUGUGACUGGCCUCACAUGAGACUUAAGCUUCUGUGUGACUGGCCUCACAAGAGAUUCAAGCUUCUGUGUGACUGGCCUCACAAGAGACUCAAGCUUCUGUGUGACUGGCCUCACAAGAGACUCAAGCUUCUGGCCUCACAUGAGACUCAAGCUUUGUGUGAUUGGCCUCACAAGAGACUCAAGCUUCUGGCCUCACA